GCCUAAUCCGCUUCAUCAUCAUCAAUGAUAAGAAUCUCCGCGGGCUACCACAGUUGGCGACCAGUAGUCUCCAAUGGAUCUUUGGGUGGACGCUGCGCAGCCGGCGAGAAGUUUUCCAGCUGCUUUCCCUCCUGGCUUCAGGUUUCAUCCCACGGACGAAGAGCUCCUUGUCUAUUACUUGAAGAAUAAGGUGGCCUCACGCCUGGUCCCGGCAGAGGUUAUCGCUGACAUCGAUCUCUAUCAGUACAAUCCAUGGGAGCUACCAAAGAAGGCAUUUUUUGGGGAAGGCGAGUGGUACUUUUUCAGCCCAAGGAACCGAAAGUACCCGAAUGGAGGGAGGCCGAACAGGGCAGCAGGCUCAGGUUACUGGAAAGCUACUGGGAUUGACAAGCCAAUACUCACAUCCGGCGGGACGAAGAGCAUCGGAGUGAAGAAGGCUUUGGUGUUCCACAUUGGACGGCCUCCGAAGGGGAUGAAGACGGAAUGGAGCAUGGACGAGUAAAGGCUGAUCGAUGCCACCGUCCGACCGCCCAGAUCGAAAUGGUCAAUGAGAUUGGAUGAUUGGGUACUCUGCAGAGUGAGACAGAAAGAGAAAGUUCCGAGAAACGCUGGCAGCCACCAUGGAGACUUCAGCAGUAGCACAAAGGCAGCACCAUCUUACCCCAAAAAGAAUGGUGAAGCGCUUCCUGUGCACACCGGCCUCUGCAAAGAAGUCGCCAUGGAAAAUCCCUUCCAAGAUUGCUUAGUAAUGGCUUCCCUACUCUCGGGUCAAGUCCACUGUCCCAUGAAUUCAGUCUCUAGUAUAAGCUCUCAAGCGCCCGACAACAACGACACCUUAAGGUCUGUGUAUGAAGAAAGUCCCGACAAACUAAACUCUUAUAGCACAGGUUCUUCCAUGGACAACAAUGUCAACAUAUUUACAACGGAACUUGUAGAGCAAAAAGGGUUCAAGGAUCAGCAGGAAAAAAUGCUGGGUGUGGAUGGUAGUGAUAUCUACAACUACACUCAAAGCCAAUGCAACGAAAACGUAUAUAACUUUGCCAGAUGUGAUUCUAUCCUCAACUUUCAGGGGCUUAAUGACUUAGCCAAGCUCUAAGUUAUGGCAAUGACAUGGAAAGAAUGAGAAUUUGUGCUGUUUUUAGUGGUCCUGCAGGAUCUGCAGAAUCCGCUUGACGUGUAUAGAUUUCAGAGUACCAGUUAAAGAAUAAAACGGACUCAGUCCCAAGAAACACUGCAAGUCUUAAGAGUUUCUGCACUUGGGAGCGGGCUAUAAAUACUCGUUUAU